CAGAAGUCUCCUCAACAAUCACCGGGCAAUGUUACACGAUGGAGGUGUUGAUGUCUCCCAUUGUGGACCUGCAACACGUGUUGCUGUGAAUACUGGUUGGUGGUCAAUGACCAGCUUAAACACUGAAAACACUGUGGAGAUAUUUUCCACCUGCUGCAGCGUCAUAGCUCUGUGUCACGCAGUGGAAGGUGCACUGAGUUUGUUUAAUGCCACAGUAGCAGUGGAAUAGACAGAUUCAUUAUCCCCUGAGGUUAACUUGCAGUUACUUUUAUGAUCCUCAUGUUUUGUACCUUACACCAUUAUCAGGUCAGAAAGCUAAAGCCUUUACCAAACCAGUCAGUCUCUUCAGAUUCAGCAGGCAUGAAGCACAAGUAGUAUCUAUGGGUUAACAAGCCUGUUUCAAACAUUCCCACAGUUCAUACUUCAUGUCAGGACUAAACAAACUACGUAACCCUGGAGCACCGUCAGCUGUAGCUGUGCAAAGAUGUUUGGUUCUUUCUAAACAAGUCACUGUUUGGCUGAAUGGAGCCUGAGCAAGACGUGUUUGGCCCGGGUGCGAUCAGGACUUUGUGGAAGAACAAGAUUCGACUGAACUCUUAACACGUGCUUUCUGUCAGUGAGCUCGGGACGUUUGUCAGAAAGACUCAGCUGCAGAUAAACCGAAGACAUUCAAUAUAUUUAGAUUCCUGACAGUAGCCGCCCUCUGCUGUGUCGACAGCUGCAAACCCUCGGCCUUCUCUCAGUGAGCUUCAUGAUGUCGUCACCUGACAUGGUUUCACCUCACAGCCUGUCAGGGUUCAUUGGUGGAGUUUCUUGCCUUCUUAAUGACGUUGGCACCAUCGGUUGUGCAGCGGUCAGGGAGGGGAUAGAAGAGAUUCUCCCCACAGAGGCUCACAGUCUGGCCACUGACCGCCUCUACGUCUCAAUAACACACUCAGAAAGUGGCACGAACCACAGCGUGUCGACGUUUACCUCCAGGGAGGAGCUCAUAAAGGUCCUGUUAGCCAGCUGCUUUGUCCCAGUCUAUGCUGGACUCAAACCAGUAGAGCUCAGAGGAAAGAAAUGGAUUGAUGGAGGAUUCACUGACAGCCUGCCGAUCCUGCCUGUGGGACGAACCAUCACGGUGUCACCCUUUGCUGGACGGCAGGAUGUGUGUCCGAUCCACAGGGGGCGGUUCAAAACUCAACUCAGCUUGGCCAACAUGAACAUAAUGCUUUCCGUGGAGAACCUCAAACGUCUGAAUCAGGCUCUGUUCCCUCCGUCCGCCGGCGCCAUGCGUUCGUUAUGUGAAGAAGGUUUCACAGACGCCGUGAGGUUCUUAAAGAGAGAGGGCUGGAUGGGCUGAGCGUCACACAUGGACAAAUGGAGCGUGUGAAGCCUGGAGUGUCGUUUACCAAGAAGGAAUAAACAUUUUCUGUAUUUAUACGUACUCACCCAGGAAACAGACACAUGCUAGAAAAGUAACUGCACCGAUGUUUGCAUGCAGUGAUGUUGAAGUGAUUCAGCCUUUGACUUGGUGCAUGUUUGGAAAGAUGGUACAUUGUGGGCUUCACUCAGAUUACUUUGAUCACACAGGCGUCCUCUCUGUGACAGCAUGUGAACCUGGACUUUUAUCAUAGUUUCUUUUCUUUUGACUUGAAGCAAAGUGAAAAAUAUCGGAUAUCCGUGACCCGCCUCACAGAAAGGUUUGUGCCGCCCUCGUGGAUGCCGGCGGCUCCCCCAGGACACGAGGCAGCACGAGUCUUUGAAGGGUUGGAUGUUUGUGCAGGUUUGACUGCUGCUGGGUCACCGUUUGAUUUCCUUCAGGAGCGACUUGGUGUGUGCGAGAGCUGCUCUGCACUCAGCCAGGCGAGGCAGCAGUUACACACAUGCAGCAGACUGCAGAGGACGGGCUGGGAUCAGGAUAUUCCAGGAACCCUCAGUGGCAUUUCCAUCUUUUCUAUACAGUCUUUUUGGUGAACAGCAGUGUGAAGGCUGCGAUGGGGCUGUCGGUGCUGCUGAUCUUUAAAACCAGGAACUCCAUGUGUUCUGUUUUUUGAUGUCCUUUAAAUGAUGUUUGUUGUAAAAUGAGUGAUUUGAACGAGUAAACAAAGGAAUGUCAAAUAAUAAU